AUGAGUGAAUCUAGAACCUAUGCCGAAAAAAGGCUAAGCAUAACACGUGAGGCUGAAUUAUUGCAAAGUUUUGUACGAAUCAACGUUACUGAUCAAGAUAUUUCCGAGAAUGAGGCAGAAGAAGAGGCAGAGGCUAAAAAGGUUGAAGAAACAGAGAUGAAAAGCAAACAGACGAUUCCAGUAGAAACCACCAAACGACUAUCGAAACAAUUCGUAGAAGAAUCAAAGAAACGAGGCAGAAGAAAGAGACGAAAAACUGGUAUCAGGUAUGAAGAAAUAUACUGCGACAAAGAUAGGGCCGCGGCUGUAAAUAUGGGAUCAAAGGAUAUAAAACAGUCGUUAAAAUUGAAGAGGAAGCAGGACAGGUCUAAAGCAUUGCAAAUACCGGAAGAAGCUGAACCUAGUACGUUUUUGGCAUUGGGAAACUAUGAAAUGUGUAGAGGAGAUAUCAAGAUUGCUGUUAAUUUUAUUUCUAAGGCACUAGAACUUAACCCCAGCGAAAAGAACGCACUUGUAGCGAGAAGCAAGUGUUACAUUCUUUUAGGUCAACCGAAAAAUGCCUUGGAAGACGCUGAAUCAGCAUUAAAAAUCGACAAAAACUUUAUCAAGGCCAUCUACCAGAAAGCUGAAGCUCUUUACUACCUUGGGGAUUUUGAACUAAGUUUGAUGUUCUACCACAGAGGACUGCAUGUUAGACCCGAUCAUGAAGGAUUUAAACUUGGGGUUCAGAAGGCACAAAAUGCUAUAGAAAAUGCCAUCGGAAGUUUUGCUACAUUUAAGAGUAUUGGAAAGUCUAUCAAAAGUACCCCUACUACACAGCUAGAAGAAAGCAGGAAUGAAAGUCCUGAAUCAAAGACGAGUGCUAAGAGUACAGCUGUCGCUACCCAUUCAUCGAAAACCUCCAAAAAGAGUAGACUUCUUCGAGAACUGGAAGUCGAUAAAGCUUAUCUGGAUAAUUUGAUGAAUAAUCCAGACAUUAAAUGCAAGUUUAAGGAAAACAAUGACUCUAUUGAGAAGUGCAUUAAGGAAACCGUGGAUUAUUUAAAGGAAAGACAGGAGUUUUGGCGGCAACAGUUGCCACCUAAGUAUAAAUAG